CUCGUAGGUAGUACCGUGCCGGAAACUGACACCUUGCAGAAAAAGAAUCUAUUUUUGUCAUGGCUCCAAUUUCGCGGUAUUCAACAUUUGGAAUCGGUAUUUUUCUCUGCAUUCUCACAAAAAUAAUACCUGCCGUUUUAAUCAAUCCAACAACAAUAAGAACAAUAGCCAUACGACCUCUACCAUGAACUUGGUUCGCCGUGGAAAGCCCCAAUUCAUCCUCGUCUUUCUCCUGGGCUCCAUGAUGAUGGCAAAGUCCAUUGCACAGACAGACCCCCCUCCCAUCGAAGCACCGGGAAAAAACGAGACCGAUGCAAAAGGCACAGGAGACAAGGGUGGCGACAAAUCCUUUGACGAAGACGGCUUUAGUGGCCAGAGCGACGGCCUCGACACUACUAGCRAUGCCACUGCCGAGAAGACCGGUCCAAAAGUGACAGACGAAAAGGGCGGCGAUGCAACGUUUGACGAAGACGGCUUUGACGGUGAGAUCGACGGCCUUGAUGUGAGCAGUGCCAAUACCGAUGUUGUGUCCUUCGCUGUUCAGAUUGCCUCGUUUGCCAUCGCCACAAACUUUUUCGGUCUAUAGAUGCAAUGCUUCGAUAUAAUGCAAUGGGGUGCUAUGCUAUGCUAUACUACACUAUAUUACACUAUACAACACUAUACUACAAUACACUAAAAUAGCAGAAAUAUGACACUAUGCUAUACGAUACUGUGCUGAUGACACUGUAGCAAUUUCGCUGUGAUUACACGAUAAUGUGACACUUUGAUUCCACUGUGAUUUCGUACUAGAUAAUCAACCUGUGAGACAGUAACCACCAAAUCACGAAUCGAUAGUGAAUAACUCACUCUUUAUUGUAAACCACGUAUUAUUGUACACUAAGGAGCCUAUUAGCAUUUCACAGGUUAUGAGCAACAAAGAGACUUACCUCAGCUCAAUAACCAUCAUCAGCACCAUAACCAACCACAGAGUAGUUUGAUUUACUAACUCGCCUCACUCCUCCGGUGUAGAGCACCUCUCGACAGCUGCUUUCCAUCCKGAGCAUUUUGCCGGAAGAAUUUUCCAGAAAACACCCGGAUGAAGAGAACCCUGUACUAAAUCACGUAGCAUCCUACGGUACACUUCUUUUCAGAUAUCAUACAACAUUCGAAGUGUUGACACCUACCACACUGUCAAGCCACAACCCACUUCUUUAGAUACAGCAAACGCCCACAAUAACUUCCACCAUGGCGACUUCAAAGCGAAAAACACGACGAAACACCAGUAAAAAGGACACUAAUUCCCCCCACAUCCGAGACUUCCUCGUAACCUCCCCCCGCAGGAAUCUCACUCCCGCACAACGCGACCGACUGGAACUUCAAUUUUACGAUGGUACUAUUCAACGUGAAAUAAGAGCACUAGAACUGCCCUUCCCGAUAGAUGCAACACUACGAAUCUAUGAUGGCCCACUAUUCCUCUUCAAACCACUGUACACUCCUACACCCUCUGAGUUCACACAAUGCCUAGCCAAUGUUCACACCAAAGCUCUCCCUGCAACAGAUAAGAUUGUCAUGCUUGGCGAAUACCUCAAAGAAAUGAUCCACCGAGACCACUUUCACCAACCAGUCAACACCAGCCCACAUGGCUCAUCUAGAUACAAGUACAGCCGUGCCUUCUUGACCUUCCUCGAUACAAUACUCCCACCACAUCAGGAAACACCACYGGCAGCAGUCCCUGUUCGACGACACUCAAAACCACCACAACGUCUUGACGACUCUCCUAGUAGUCCUGAAUCCGCUCACCGCAAACCACCACCAGCACCAACACCUCCGGAUACAAAGGUCCAGCAGAACACAGACCCUGGCACCAAAGAUUCAGGCAUAGAGUCAGACUCAUCCACAAGCUCCCUACCAGCCCCACCAAGGAACCUACGGCAACAAUUUGCCCAGGAAUUCCACAAGGCACAACAGCGGACCAUCAACACAGAUCGACAGCAACAGGAUACCGCAACGGACCAAAAUGAACUGGAUGAUCAAUCGAUAUCAGCUCAAAUCAAGACAUACAAUGCCACAUUCCAACACAUUGAUCGACAGAUUGAAGAACUUAAGGACAGCUUUGACACAACGGAGACAGAGACCCAAGACAACCCCAAUCAAGACGAGCGGUCCUCUGACUCCACACUUGUAAAUGAGACACGCAUGAUCAACCUCAUCAACAGGAUCAUUCACAAAACAGAACAAUCAUGGACUACACAGAUGGCAGAAGCAAACCAUGAAUGGACAGACCAAUUCACGACAGUGGCAUCAACCCUAAAGGAUCUCCAGUCCACCUACGACUCCACUCUCCAGAUGAGAGAUAACGACUUAGCUCAGGCAAAACAAGACCUUGCACAAGCACAUGAAGCUAUUCGUAAUCUCCAAGACCAACUGGCUCAUCAAAGCCAACUCCUGGAUGAAUCGAUUGCACACAACAAUGAAAUAACAAAAGAUUUGUCAACUGCUGCAUCUACCACAUGGGCACUAGACCAACGCCUCGAAAAAGCAUCCACUGCACUAAACUCCCUCAAACACGGCACCAUAGCACUCACAUCCUCAUCCCGCGAUGAAACUAGCAGUCUCACCUCCAAAACACCUAACGUGGAGGACCUCCGCCGUCAAAUAAAAGAACUGGUGGAUACAGAGCUGUCAAUGUUCAGUAAGACUAUGGAACAACGUGCGUCUACUCACGCCCGUACAAUGGAAGCAACCAUUCACUCCAUCAUCACUGAUCAAAUAGACAAUCUAGUCACCCCACAGGAACCAAUCAUCCAAAGUAUAAAAGACAAGAUUGCAGCAACGGUCCUGAAUGAGAUCACACCCCAAGUUGAAACUAUUACCAAUCAGUUCAAAACAGAUCUCAUUCACACGAAGAACACCAUUAAACAAACCACUCAAGCUCACCUAGGUAAACUACAGAUACAGCACACAGAAAUUAUAUCAUCAAUCUGCAAAGAGACCACCAAUGCCAAAACCGCACUUGGAUCAGCAAAGACUACUGCACAAAUGGAACUCCGUGCCACAGUCGACAACCAUCUUCACUCAACCACAACAUCGAAAAAUAUUCAUGAUAUACUCACCCAAUCCCUCUCCCAUGUGUUUAAAUCAGAAGAAUUCAAUGCUAAUGUUGAUGCUGCUCUCAACAAAUUUGUUCGGGAAUCAGAGGCAUUCAAAGACACCCUUGAAACACACGUAAAGGAAGCCGUCAACCAUGAAACAGCUCAUACCAACCACAAAAACAAAAAUAAAAAUCCAUAUUCCGCAUACAUUUACAAUCAGGCAAGCUUCCCACCACAACAACACAGCUUUCAACCCCGCACAGACUCAGACGAAUACGAUGACGAUAUUAGUGAUCCGGAACAGGAACCCCCGGUAGCUCCUCGCUUCAAGUCAUGUGCCAACCGUGUAUAUGCAUGCCAGAACCGCAUGGCUCGUGACAUGGAACAUGAAUGGAACCACCGUAUCAGUAAAGCAAUCAAUGCAAUGGAACAUAAACACAUCAAUACAUCCCUCAUUCCCCAGGACAACAGAUACCUUACCUCCUCGGAAUUCACGGCCAUGUACACGGAUCUUCACACUCUCAUGACACUGGAAAGCCUUCCCCUCACACACAUCGAUGAACUCCACAUUCAUCGGACAUGCCUACCCCCAAACCACAAUGAGACAGAAGAAAAUAUUCAAAAGAUUAGUACACACAUAUACCAACGACUCACUCAGAUGAUCGACGCCCAACGACAAUCAAAACUAAGGGGACUGAUGAGUCCAUAUCAACACAGGAUGAGAGGAUACGAGGCACUCUAUGCCAUUGCGAGGAACUCCUUACCAUAUCUUUGCCCUACCACAACAGGAUGGGGCCCGGACUGGAAACAGGAUGAAGACCCCGGCACAUAUGCAGGAAAACUUUUGGAACACGUCCGCAUCAGUCACUUAGCCCAUAAGCAUGACUAUUCUGAACUGGAUAUAUGCUUCGAAUAUGCGACAAGGAUUAUGAACCACUACAAUCAUGCAGCCGGUAACUAUCUCCUGUUUACACUGAGCAAUCACAAACGCGAAACCCCUGGGGCAGAUAACCAUCCUGUCCCGGAACACCUCUCUCUCACCUCAAUGAUAGAAACUGUCCUGGAUUACCCAAAUAAUCCCUCGAUGCAACACCAACAGCACACACAAACACCCCAUAUAUGCCGCAUGGAGCAACCUCGCCGAAAAUUUGAAUACAAGAACAAGGUCCAAUGCCCGUGCUGCMACACAUAUGGACACAGUAUUGGCGAUCAAGUCUGUCGGUUUGGAGCUCAACUCCAUCAUGCACAACAGUUUGCAACAAUGAAACCUGAGACUUUUAAAUCCAAUGCCGACAAACACCACCGCAUGAACAUGAAAAACGUCGUUAAACUGUUCGAAUCAACACUUGGAAACACGAUUAUCGACAAAACACAACAUGAACUGACUCACGAAGCUUGGGUAAACGCAUUUGACACAACCUCCUCUCCUGACUCGUCUGACACACAGGGAGACGAAUAGGAUCCGCGCCGUGUCUCUAGCGAGGCCCGGCCUAUUACACGAGAACACAGAGCAGGCUCUCUCAACACGCGUGGGUAUCCAACUCCCAGACCGCAUCACCCUGACACAACUCUAUUCAC